UGACAGCUCCGAACACUUGCCGAAAACUACAUUUCCCAGCAGGCACCUGCUUGGUACUGACAAGUUACGGAAGCUCGGCGUGAAGACGUAUAAGUACAGCGCGCGUCACUUCCGCUUCCUCUUUCUUUCCCAGAAGCCGCCGCCAUGUCUCUGGUGAUUCCUGAGAAGUUUCAGCACAUCUUGCGUGUUCUGAACACGAAUAUUGAUGGACGCAGGAAAAUUGCUUUUGCCAUCACUGCUAUUAAGGGUGUAGGUAGACGCUACGCUCAUGUGGUCCUACGCAAAGCUGAUAUCGAUCUGUCCAAGCGUGCCGGUGAACUGACAGAGGAUGAGGUGGAACGUGUGGUCACAAUCAUGCAAAAUCCUAGGCAAUACAAAAUUCCUGACUGGUUCUUGAACAGACAGAAGGACAUUAAGGAUGGAAAAUACAGUCAGGUUCUUGCCAACGGUCUGGACAAUAAACUCCGUGAAGAUUUAGAGCGACUCAAAAAGAUCAAGGCUCACAGAGGACUGCGUCACUUCUGGGGUUUGCGUGUCAGAGGUCAGCACACAAAGACCACCGGCCGCCGUGGUCGCACCGUGGGUGUGUCCAAGAAGAAGUAAACCUGUUGGAAGCUAUAAUUUUGCCAAUAAAGUUCUGUAUAGAAAAAUA